UGUUCCUGUUGUUGUGGUGCCUCUUUUCUUUCAAGUCGAUCUCUUCCGUCUUCGCAACUUUGUCCCUCUCUUCUAUUUCUGUUGCUUCAUCGUUUUGCGAUACGCGCAAGUCGUGCCUUGCCCGCUUUUCUGCAACCGCUUGUCAAACCGAUUGUUAUUCGUGUGAGAUAUCGAAAGCUAUUUACGAGAAAUGGCUCGAACUUGUAUAAUACUUCUGCUGGCAGCCUUAAUCCAUCAUGUUUAUUCAAGUCCAUUGCACGGUCGAGCCGCUGGUCGGUUGUGAACUCCCUAGAUCUGCAAACACCACGUCAAUUCCCACUUCAUCAGUGAACACGACAAAGAUGUCGUCCACGACACAGACGAGUGUAGAAUUCUCUUCGCCACCCUCGGUCGUUGCUGUCAACGGAGAUAUGGAGAUCGUGCCCUUGCAGCCCGUAUCGAUCUUCUCCACGGCUCCAGGGUUCACUUUCGUCGAUCCGAGCGGGAACCCGAAACUUACGGUGCCUCCGUCCGUAAUUUUCGUCACUACACUCGUUGACGAUUUGAGAACCACAUCGAGCAUAAUCUCAAGCCAACCGAGCGCAUCUACAACCUCUUCCACCGAGCCGGAGUCGCGCACACCGGUGGUGGAUAGCAGCCGCUCCUCGUCCUCGUCCUCGUCAUUUUCCUCUUCGUUUGCAGCGCGAGAAUCGUCCGGUAUUUCAACUACGCCGACUCAGCUGCGAACGAGUGUUUCCGCGACUGUUCCUUCGGCGUCAUCUCCACCGUCGAGGUCCCAGAGCGCAUUUCAUCAGCCUCCUGUCAGGGAUAGCACUGGUAGCUCAGAUAAAAGUGCCGCUUCUUCGCCUUCCGGAAGGUCACCAACUGGAAGUGCCGCGAGUUCAGCUCCUACUUCGCCAAUUCCCAAGUCCUCGCCACAAGCUCCACAAAUCCUAAGUCCUUCACAAGUCGGACAGCCGUUGCUCUCGUCCAGCGCGAAUGCAAGACCAACUCAGUCUCCCUCAAGGUCAUCACAACUAUCUCUGGCCAAACCAGCUCCUUUCACCUCACUUCCCGGUGUCGAGUAUGUGACGACCACCAUGUUUACAACGGUUUCGGCCCUGGCGCCUAACUCGACCUCCGAACCAUCCGCACCGCUUGCUGUGUCAUCCUCCGCUGUUUCAUCAUUGCCAUUAUUCUCACUGCCUGAUGUUGUCUAUGAGACCACCACUUUGUAUACAACGGUUUCGGCCUUGGCGCCUAACUCCACAUCCGCCCUGACACCGUCCUUUUCAUUGCUCGAUGUUGUGUAUGAAACGACGACGUUAUAUACAACUAUUCGCACGCCCCGUCCCUCACCGUCCCAGCCUAGCUCAAAUUCCACGGUUAUCCAACCAGACGCUAAGUCAACUCCGCAUCAACGCGUCCCACUCGCGUCAACGUCGAUUUCCAGCCAACCUCAACUUACGGAAAUCCCGACCGGCUUCCGUACCUUCACGCUCCCGCAGCCGACAGUGGAUAUCGUACCACCAGCGCUCGUCAUCAGGCCCAUACCUUCCGAGGAGCUUCAGAGACCACCAGUGGCGUCGAGCGUGUGAGGUGUCCCCUAGGAGCCAUACUGGAGAAGUUUCGGAGACCAGCGGUCGCGUCAUGUCUGUGGACUCACCUCAGAGGUCAGGUGGGAGAAUCUCACAGAACUCGCGAAGUUCCCGUCGCAGGCGGUGCACGAAGUCGUGUGCGUGGAUGAGGCGCCUUGGGGUCAAGUUUCCACGUGCUCAUAGACACUAGGUUGGCCGGGCAUCACAAUGCCGGACGGACUUGGAUACCCUGCAUCCCAGGCACAGGAAAGGACGGAAUGACAACUUCACACAGUGCCUUAAAGUCGUACACACGGGCGAAAUACCCUUUCGUCAA